AAUAGAGAGGCCAGAGAGGAGGGAGGAAGGAGGAAGAGCAGGAAGGAAGAGACCAGAGAGGAGCAGAGAGACAAAUAAAUAACAGACGAAUAACCAGCUUAAUAAAGAGAUAAUCGGGUUAAUAAAGAGAGAAGCUGAGAUUUACAGGAGGAGGCAAAUGUGUUUGGCACAGAUGGAAUCUGAAGAUAAUCUUGCCAACAUUUUCCUAUUGCUGCUGAUCGGAUCACACUUCACUGUGGUUGGUCCUUUGGCACCUGAGGAGGGCUGGCAGGUCUACAGUUCAGCUCAGGAUGCUGACGGUCGAUGCGUUUGUACAGUGGUUGCUCCUCAGCAAACAGUCUGCUCCAGAGAUGCCCGAACUAAACAGCUCAGACAUCUGCUGGAGAAGGUUCAAAAUAUGAGUCAGUCCAUCGAGAUUCUGGAUCAGCGCACCCAGAAGGAUCUGCGGUUUGUGGAAAUAAUGGAAGUUGAGGUAAAGGGCCUGGAAAAGAAAUUAAAAGAAUUGGAAGACGGACAUGAAAGCAACAUUGCAAGACAGUACAAGUCCAUCAAAGCAAAGAUGACAGAGUUACUUCCUCUGAUUGGUGUCCUGGAAGAAUACAAGGCAGACACUUUGCUGGUCAGACAGUUUAAAGAAGAGGUGGCAAAUGUUACGGAACUGCUGGGAACACUACAGGAACAACUGGGAGGUCUGGACUAUCAGGAGCUCCACAACCGAGUGAUGGGCCUGGAGGACCGACUAAGGGCCUGUAUGCAGAGGCUGGCCUGUGGGAAACUGACAGGAAUAUCUGAGCCAAUCACCAUCAAGACAUCUGGAUCAAGGUUUGGAUCGUGGAUGACUGAUCCAGUUGCUCCAGCAGGGGACAAUAGAGUCUGGUACAUGGAUGGUUACCAUAACAAUCGUUUUGUUAGGGAGUAUCAGUCAAUGUAUGACUUCAUGAUGACAGAUAACUUCACAUCUCACCGCCUGCCUCACCCCUGGUCGGGGACUGGCCAGGUGGUUUAUAAUGGAUCCAUUUAUUUCAACAAGUUUCAGAGUCACACCAUCAUCAAGUUUGACUUCGGCACAUCACUUAUCAGUCGCUCCCGACAGCUUGACUUUGCUGGCUACAACAACAUGUACCAUUACUCUUGGGGAGGACACUCAGACAUCGACCUUAUGGUGGAUGAAGGAGGGCUCUGGGCUGUCUAUGCCACAAAUCAGAAUGCUGGAAACAUUGUCCUCAGCCAGUUAAAUCCAAACACUCUGCAAAUCAUCCGUAGCUGGACCACAAACCACCCAAAACGUAGUGCGGGCGAGGCCUUCAUGAUCUGUGGAACUCUAUAUGUAACUAAUGGAUACUCUGGAGGAACCAAAGUGUACUACGCCUACUCCACCAACUCAUCCACCUAUGAGUAUAUUGACAUUCCUCUGACCAAUAAAUAUAGCCAUCUGUCCAUGCUCGACUACAACCCCCGAGACAGAGCACUCUAUGCCUGGAACAAUGGCCACCAAGUUCUUUAUAAUGUUACACUGUACCACAUUAUACAGUAAGAUUAAUGGUACAAGUCCUUUAUGAUGUUACACUGCAACACAUUACACAAUAAAAUUUAAGAGAAAAUUAAUUUAAGUUGUUGCUGUACUGCCUUGUACAGUUACAGUGAAUAAUAAAUACUGCACUUUUAAAGAAUAAGUCCAUGCUUUAGAUAAAUCUUAAUUUUUUCCAGUGGUGGGCCGUGCAUUUAGUACCUGGGCCUUCAGUGGGGACAUACCUGACUUAGUCCACCUUUUAAUACAACCACUAUCACAUCGCAAUUAUAAAAAAAAAACAGUACUAUCGAAAAACGCAAUAUGACAAGAUGCGGCAUUAGAAAGAGAAGAAUUUCGCGUGUUGAGAAUAAUUACCGUUAUUAAUACAACAAGAAACACAGUUAACACAACUCCAAACCUCUACACUACAACUGUGUACAUCAAAUGGAGCAGUUCAGAACACUUCCCAGGGCCAGCUAGCUGUCACAGUGAGGAUUCUGAAAUCUGACUUGUUAAAGAAA